UCAUUCCUUUGUGCCGCAAACCGCAGAAGAAGAGCAGCAGGCCAGCUAGCAUUUGUGGGCUAAUAUUUUUGGGAAGGUGGAGCUCUUCCGUCAAAUUUACCGCCUAUUUCGUGUAUUUUCUUUACUAACAUCGCUUAACUUUUACGCAAAUUUCAUUUAAAAAGUACUGAGUCUAUCGUUAACUUGCGCAACAAUGUCCGGAGGAUUCGUUCGAGGACCCUUGGGGAGUAACGAUUGCCGCAUAUACGUGGGGAACCUUCCCCCCGACAUCCGCUCAAAAGACGUGGAAGAUUUAUUUUACAAAUAUGGAUCUGUUCGGGAUAUAGAUCUGAAAAAUCGCAGAGGAGGACCACCGUUCGCCUUCGUGCAGUUCGAGGACCCGAGGGAUGCAGAGGAUGCGGUGUACGGACGGGAUGGUUACGAUUAUGAUGGAUAUCGACUGCGUGUGGAGUUUCCGAGAAGUGGAAGAGGAGGAGGUGGUGGCGGCGGCGGUGGAGGAGGAGGAGGAGGAGGCAUGGGAGCCCCUAGAGGAAGAUAUGGGCCUCCAUCUCGACGCUCAGAAAACAGAGUGGUUGUAUCAGGUCUUCCCGCUAGCGGUAGCUGGCAGGACUUGAAGGAUCACAUGCGAGAGGCAGGUGAUGUAUGUUAUGCUGAUGUGUUCCGUGAUGGCACUGGAGCCGUGGAGUUUGUGCGCAAAGAAGACAUGACAUAUGCUGUGCGUAAAUUGGAUAACACCAAGUUCCGUUCUCAUGAGGGAGAGACGGCCUACAUUCGUGUCAAGAUGGAUGGCGCUCGCAGCCCCAGCUACGACCGCUCUCGCUCCCGUAGCCGCAGUCGAAGCCGGAGCAAGAGCCGGUCUCGCAGCUUCUCUCCGUCCCGCAACAGAGCGUCUCCACGUUACUCCCCGCGGCGCUCUCGAUCCCGCUCUCGCACUUAGAUCCACCUAGGUUGAAGCAACAGUGUACCUCAGCUGGAGAGGAAGUGUUCACAUCGCAUAACAAGUCCUGUGUUCACACUUCUGUACACUGUCAUGUUGUUUGUCCCGUUUCCCCUCACCUUCUGUUGGCUUGGUUUUCUUUAAUUUUGGUUCUAAACUUUGCAAACACCGGCAUUCUUCUCACUUGACCCAGUAUGGCUGUUUUUUCCUCUCUUUUCCUCUCCUAAACUCUCUUAUGUUUCUGCUAUCCAUUCUUCUGUAAUUCUCUCCUCUUGAAUGUUGUCAUUGAGUGUUCCUGUUUUGUUUUGGAAACAUCUUUUUUCAAACGUGUGCGGCUGUCCUUUGACCUUCUUGUCUGUUUCUCUGUAGAAUUCAGGGGAACAGGAUAGGAUGGGAAGAGAGGAAACAGUUCAUGUUAAGAUAAACAGGAGGAGGAGGAGGAGGAGCAGUCAAAUAUGGCACCAAUGGUAUGAUAGUUGUGCCUUGUUAACUGUGAAAUCUACAUUAUACAGCUGUUGUGAAUUUGUCUUUCCUUUUAAAUAUUUACAGUAGAGUUUGAUUGAAUGCUGCAAUAAUAUCUGCUGCAAACAAAGUAGUGUUUAGAGACCCAACGUUUGAUUUUUUUUUUCUUUUUCAUCUUUUCAAAGUAACUUUGGGUUUGAUCAUAAAUGGUGUCCCUUGUUUAUCUCAAAGUAAAUGUCCUGGUUGCUGAUUUAUCGAUAUUUCUUUAUGAAGUGAUUUUUUUUCUUUAAUUUUUUGAAGGUGUGAUUCUAACUCGCCUCCUUCUCUUUGGUUCUGCUGGUAUUCUAAAGGUUUGGACUCGGCUCACAUUGUCUCCUCAUUCCGGAGCCGGAUCAGGAUUCAGGAUCAGAUCAGGAUUAGGAUUAGGCUUCAGGAUGGAUACAAGGAGCACGACCUGUCCACAUAACCUCAGCAAACCGGAAUUAUUGUAGUAUAAAUCAAAUGAAAUUGGCUAUGAAAUAUUCAAAAGAUUCCCUUCGUUUUGUGUGGCACCACUGAGACGCAGUCACAGACGGCACCGCAAGGAGCCCAAGUUUUUUUUUUUUAUAAAGGAGGAGGGCUGGGAGGUGCAGGAUGGAUCCACACGCAUAAGGAGUGGUAAAUAGUGGGAAACCUUUUGACGUUGGCUGAGGGAGGGAAGCAGGAGGGCUGGGAGGUGACACUUGAAUGUGACUGUAAUCUGGUUUGUAUCUUUUUAUUAGGUUAGUCUUUCCCAACGGUGGAUUUAUAUGAUCUCCAGCAUUUCACUGCUUUAUUUUCUUUUAAUAAAACAUUCAGUAACAUUAA